UUAAGAAUUUGUCUGAUUUUUACAGGCAGGCACUCUUAAGAGGUUUACUUUAAGCAUCUCGUAACUUCUACGCCAUUCUGCUUGUUUCUUUCUUGUUAAAGGUGGACUUCAAAAACCCGGAUCUAGACAGGUUUCCCAGGUUUAGCGAGAUAGGAGGAAUGGAGGUGGCUAUGGAGCCUGGAGAAGUGCUUUAUAUUCCACAUUACUGGUGGCAUUACAUUGAAAGUGAAAUGCACAGUCACACGCUGGGCGGAUUUCAUUCAACUAGAGUACUGAUUUUUGGCGAUUUAUAUUCCCUUUUUAGCAACACUAUAUCAGUAAAUUUCUGGUUUGAACCAAAAAACACGACGACUAUGAAUGAUGUCGUUAAAGAUCCAGAAGAGUCAGACAAUAAAAGUGCUGAAGCCCUGACGGAGAAAGGCCUUGAAAGUGAAAAACCACAAGAGUACGAGAACAACCCUCUAGUUGAAUCCGAGCAAACCGUGAAGAAAGAUUUACUAACGGGUAGCGAUGGAAAACAACCUAACGAGCACAAUGACGAAGAGGAAAAAGAUCAAGUUAAAGUUGUUAUAAGCGAGGAGGGAGAGAAAGUUGAAACGGAGGCAAUAAAUGAAGAAAGUCAGGAGGACGAAGAAGCAGACAUCGAGCGUUCCGCUGCGCAAUACCUGGCCCUUUUGAGAGAGACGGAGACGUUACUUUUUCGUGCUACUCUAAAUCUCGAAAAAGUUAGUCAACAAAUAGUUUCUGGCUAAAAGAAAGCUCUGUAAUUCUUACGAAGGGGAAGGAUAGUUCAGCCAGGCCCACUGGUAGAUGUAAUGCGGUUACGCUGUACGCCUUUUAUCUUGACCAAACUUUGGGAAGACUGGGUACCAGUGUAGCCCGAUAAGAAGACUGCGAUUGUUUGGGUGUGCUGUUUAAUUAAGAAAGAGAAAACGUGCACUGUGUUUCUAUCGAGCUACAGAAACACAAGUGGGAGUUUGGGAGAACUAGAAAUGCUUUGGGAAUAUGAGCUAACAGGUGAGUGUUUUCACAGCUUUUUCGAGUUCUUCCAGACCUCUACGAGUGUUUCUAUGACUCGAAAGAAACACAGAGAACAUCGAUUUUGUUUCUAAAGAAAACAGCCUGUUUACUUUGAACACCAAAAUGUAAAUUCUCUUUGC